UGGGACACGGACGACAUCAACAAGUGGGAGAUCCCAGUAUUCAAGCGCGAGGACAAUGCUGGCGGCACCUUUGCAGAGGAAUCUACGUUCACAGUCCUCUUCCCCAAGUACCGCGAGGUCUACCUCAAAGAAGCAUGGCCACUCGUGACACGAUCUCUCGAGAAGCAGGGCAUCGCCUGCACGCUGGACUUGGUCGAAGGUAUGAUGACGGUCAAGACGACGCGGAAAACAUUCGACCCAGCGGCGAUCCUGAACGCCCGUGACCUCAUAAAACUGCUGGCCCGCAGCGUGCCAGCACCCCAGGCGGUUAAUAUCCUCGAGGAUGGAGUGGCUUGCGAUAUCAUCAAGAUCCGGAACCUGGUGGGGAACAAGGAGAAAUUUGCGAAGCGGCGGCAGAGGAUCCUGGGCCCGAACGGGUCGACGCUCAAGGCGCUGGAACUGCUGACGGAGACAUACAUCCUGGUGCACGGCAACACGGUCAGCGUCAUGGGCCCUUACAAGUCGCUCAAGGAGGUCAGGAGGGUGGUGGAGGACUGCAUGCACAACGUGCACCCCAUCUACCUGAUCAAGGAGCUGAUGAUCAAGAGGGAGCUGGCCAAGGACCCAGAGCUGGCGGGUGAGAGCUGGGACCGGUUCCUGCCGCACUUCAAGAAGAACCUGAGCAAGCGGCGGGUGCCGCACAACGUCACGGACAAGACCAAGAAGACGUACACGGCGUUCCCACCGGCGCCCGAGAAGAGCAAAGUGGACCUCCAGAUCGAGAGCGGCGAGUACUUUUUGGGCAAGCAGGCCAAGGAGCGGGCGGCGAGAGAGGAACGGGAAGACAAGGCGAGGCAGAGGAAGGAGGAGAAGAAGCGGGAGCGGGAGCAGGAGUUUGUGCCGCCAGAAGAGCCAGGACAUAAGACGAAGAAGAGGAAGAAGAAC